ACCUAGCAACAGCACAUAGCAACGUUGGCGCGGCAACAAACAAACCGAGCCUGUCACGAAACAAACACCGCUGGUAUGAGGAUUUCGCCGGAAAUUGAUGCUGAAAUUAAGCGCAUCAAAUCAGAAAUCGAGAAUGAAGAGAAAAUGAAGCACAUGCUGGAACAAAGCAUCAACGACCUAUGCAAGACCGUCCAGUCCCUCGAAAUCCAGUCGCAGAGCACGGACGUUAGCGACGAGGACGAAUGGAAGGUCCGCUACUACACUCAGGUGGAAGUCAACGAACAGCUCGAACACCAGAGAGACUGGCUCAAGAGCCGCGCCGAGGCGGCCAGGGUGAACAACAGGGAAGGCCUCACCGAGUACCUGGCAGACCUAGACCUGGACAGCCUGACUGAGAACCAGCUGGUGCGUUACCUGAAGCAGCUGGAGAAGGACCGGAAUGCCGUGCACAACGAGAUACGGGACACGGAGUGGAAAUUGGACCAGGAGUCUAAGGCCUUCCACAAGUUCAACGACACUCGCAAGGCAUACAUGACGGAGAUCACGGAUGCCAUGCUCAACCUAGAGUCUCUCCGAAACCGGAUCAGGAUCGUCGAGAUGAACGAGCCUGGCCCGCUGCUGGCCAAGUGUCCCAGACGCCUUAAGUACCUGUACGCUUGCUCGCGCAGCAACCUUCUCCCGGAUCAACGCAUCUUGGACCCUCGGAAAGGUCCGAUCCGCAAGACGGCCGCCGUGCGCAGCCUCCCCAAGCUGGCUCCGACAGAGUCCCCCCCAGACACCACCGCCGAUCCGGAGACCUAGCUGAGCUGGAGGCCCGGCCAAGCCAAGGCCAAGUCCAGCCAAAGGCGUAGCCGAGCCAGUGACCUAGCCGCUCGGCUCUGCCCACGCACGCGCGGGCUCCUGGCUUCUUUGAACAAACUGCACAGUCAACAGCACCCUUUGUUCGGAUGGAAGUUCUUUGGUUUCGCCACCACUCUCGUUGUCGAUGCUUCAAACGCAGGUCCACGGCACUCGAACACGCGUGAUUUACGGCUACACUCUGACCGUAAGCGUUGAAGAACCAUUUCAUGAAACUUAGGAACGUUCCGGAAAGAGAGCAAAGAGAGCAGUUGUAGGAGUGUCCACUGCAUGUAUGCAUAUCGCACUAAAAAUAAUGUAAAAGCAAAAAAAAAAAAAAAGCAAACGGUAAUUAGCUAUUGAUGCAAGCUGCAAGGAACAAAUUCCAAGGCUUGCAAAAGCACUGCUGUCGGGGCUCCCUCUAGUUUACAAAAUUCCGAGGCUCCAGUUGUGCAGCCCAUGAAUCAACUCAGCUUGAAAUCUGCCCUCGCAGACCCUGGGAUGGGCAGUAUGAGCAGAAUAAAGUUGCUAGUUUAAAUGCCA